GAGCUCCUGGUCUUGAAACUCAGUCCCACCCACUCCCCUCCGCCCCGGUCUUACCCUAGGCUGUGGAUUCGCUCCCUGUGCUGUCCAUUAACUCGAGGGCCGUUUCAUAGCUGCGUGUAACUCUAGUUUCUACAAAUUCUGCUCAGGCCUCCCUCUUCUGUGUUUUAAUUCCUGUAUACCCUAUUCUGUUACCUUUUGUGGGAACAGUCUCUGAAACCAAAACAUUUGUAGAGAAGGGUUGCUUUAUUGGUUAGUGCUCCUGGCAAAAUGGGGUUACUUUUCCUGAUGCUUGGUGAAUCCUUGAACCCAAACGAUGUUGCUGUCUGUGUGGAUGCCUAGGAAAAGGAGUUCUGCGGUAUGGUGUCUUCCACUUGACCUUAAUGAACUUCCUUUGGAAGUUGCAACUCAUUACAGGAAGGGCUUUCGUAUAUGGUCUUCAUUGCAGUCUACUGUGAAGCAUAUUAGACAUCCAAACACCUACUAUUGGACCCAUAUUUAAUGAUGAACUACAAGUGCAACACAGCAGAUAUUUUGGAGAUCAAAGAUGGGUAGAAAAGACUCUUCCACUACAAAACUUCCUGUCGAUCAGUACAGAAAGCAAAUUGGUAAACAGGAUUAUAAAAAAACCAAACCUAUUUUACGAGCAACCAAAUUAAAAGCAGAAGCAAAGAAAACAGCACUAGGCAUGAAGGAAGUCGGCCUCAUGCUUGCAGCAAUCCUGGCCCUCCUACUGGCUUUCUAUGCUUUCUUUUAUCUCCGGCUGUCCACAAAUAGUGACUCUGAUCUGGACCCAGAUGAAGAUUAGCGGAACAACAAUCAAUAAAGGAAAGGAAAUAAUUCUGAUAAGAGCAUCCUUGGGGACAAAUACUUUGCCAGUUUCCCAAACUAGAACAUUUUGAAUAUUUUCUUCUUGGUACUGUCAGUUUGCAGAAAUAUCUUUGUACCUAGUGGCAUAAGAUAUCUGGAGAACUUACCUAGCAAUCUAGAGUCACGCAUGUUACUCAAUACUUUGUAAAUCUUUCUGCUCUGGCAGAUCCUCUAUUCAUGCUGUAGUUGGAUAACACAGUUUUCAAAUGUCUUCCCAAUUUACAUGUAUAACUCAACCAGUUACACAUAACUAAAUCUAUUUUAUCUUAUGUAUAUUGUAAGAAAAGUGUCCAUUGUCAUUUGCAGAAGCAUACUCAAAAUUAUAUUCAGAACCGAAGAAUGAACAGAAAGUCAUGGGAAAUUUUUAUUUUACAAAGAAGUGUGCUUUCUUUCCAGACAUAUUUUAUAUCAUUAGGGAGACUCUCUGCACAUACAUCCGCAGGAGUCUUUUCCUUCCUUGCCAACUGUUAGUGCACAUGUGCUGCGUCACAAAUGGCACCUGGAUGACAGAAGCUCAAAGAGUCACAUAUGUCCCUAAGAUCGACUUCCUUUCCUCUUGGGCUGCCUGAACUGGUGUAAAUAGAAAGUUCAGUUAAUCUUGAUUUUAAUUAACUUAUUACUCCAUUAAUAUAACACUGGAAUUCUAUAUUAAUUAUGUUGUUCUGGCUGCCUGCAGUAUCAGUUUGCCCCUCUUGUUAGGGAGCUAUGUAACAAUCUGCCAUUUAAUUGCACAGGUUUCUCACACUACAGAAUUAGCAGGGGUGUACCUACACAGAAUCAUUUUAUUGGGAUGUCUCUUAAAUCUAAGCAUUACAAAGGCAUUUUUUUAAACUUACAUUUUGUCUCUUUAGAAUUAAUUCCUAUGCUGUAAAGAAAAAUAAAUAAUAGAAAAAUAUAUAUUACAUGUUACUUUCAUCUGUACUUUUCUGUAAAAUUUGUCAAUAUAUUUUGUGUUAUAGCAUAAAGACUAUUCAAUACUUUUAUGGCAAUCAGAGUUUUAAUAGAAUUCUGAAACACAUGAACACAUAAAGCUUAGAAAGUUCUGCGGUAUACACACACACACAUAUAUCCACAGAAUUAAUAUUCACUCCCAUCUGAUAUAAAGAUGUAUAGAAAAUGGCUAUCUUAAAAUAUAUGCAGAGUUUUGGAGUGUAUGUUGACUUUCUGAAAAACAAAUACAAUUCUAGGAACAUUUCCUUACUUGCCAAGAGACAGCAACUCUAAUCACUACUCUAGGAGUUCCUCUGCUUUAUAGCACAGGUUCUAAAAGAACAGAUAUUCUUUGGUUCUUUUGAGGAUGCCAGUGUAGCAUUUGUUCUGUCGAGUCUUUGAAGUAGCGUAAUUCAUUUCAUCUGUGUUAACAGCCAAAGGUCCCAGGAUCCUCACAGAUUAUUUUUUGCCAAACAUCUGAGGGCAAAAUGUAGCCAGUGUUCUUUGCUGGAUCUUUCCUCUUGAAUUCCCAGACUCAAGAGACAGAGGAAGAGUUUUGUAUACUCAUCACAGAGGACCCAUCCAAGUGGCAUUUGUAGGAAAGGUUGCAGCAUUUUAUGCCAUGUGGUAUAUCUGUUCGCAAAGUGGGAGGCAAGGGAAUAUCCAAGCUGGCAUUUUGGAUUUGAUGGGCCUUUUACUUUCCUGAGUGACAUGCCACAUGUCAAGAAAUACUGCUUUCUUCCAGUCUCAUCACAUUUACGUGAGCAAUUUUCAUUUAGUUAUUUCCCUCCCAUAUGGUGUUAAAAACAGUCACAUCCAAUAAAGCUUAUUUCUUGUUUUCAGUGUAAUUGAAGUGAGAGAAUAUGUAAUAAUUGCUUAUCAGAUACCUAUCCAGGUUAGAUAGUAGUAGCACAGUUCACAGUAUUCAAAAAUAAUGUGCGCCUCCUGGAAAUGUUUGACAAGGGGCUGUUCUGACAAAACUUCACCAUUCUGUUCUAUUCAUGAGAUGUGCUUUGGAGAGAAAAUGUUGUUUCUAUAAUAAUAAAUAUCAGUUGAAAUGUACUGUAAUAAUAAGCAAGUUUCACCACCUGAAUUUCUGCAUGUCCUGCAUCCGUUUAUGUAGUUGGUUGAUUAUGACAUUCCCAGAAAACAAAUCCCAGGCUAAAAGCUUUGAUUUCAGUAAAUAACAGGUAAGCAAGAUGAUAAUAUUUUUACAUAAUACUAUUUCAUAUAAUAAAAUGCAAAUUUCUUUAAUUUACAUGAACAGGAAACAGCCAAUCUCAUGAACAAAGACACCAGGCUGAAUGUCUAGUUUGAAUAUUUCAAGACAGAAAGAUGUUAGCUCCCUACUGUUUCCGAGGACUACACUUUGGACUAGUGGGUAGUAUUUGUUGUCAUUGUGGGGUUAGAAUCAGUUUAGACAUGGCUGUUUUCCCCAUAAUAACUUACUCUACUCAGAAUGUUGGAUGACAAAAUCAGAAAACAUUAUAAUGACUUUUAAAGAACUUUGAAAUCCUUUAAUGUGUGAUGUGACAUAGAUUUCCAACCAAGGCCCGAGAGCUAAGGUAUACCCUGUGGAGAGUUGCAAAUGAGGUGCAAAGGUUAUGAUUUCCCAUGAAAGUUUACACAAGAAUCAUUUAAAUUUAUUUGAGGAGAAAUAUUGUAAAACUAUAGCAUCAUUUAAUAUUUCUUUCUAAAAAAAAACCCAAAAUCCUAUUUUUAGUGCAAAUAUAGGGUGGCCUGUUUUGCAAGUAUAAAAUAUAAAGUGUUUAUGAAGAAGAACUUCUUCAUAAACAGUGAUGACAUACUUUAACUCCAACCAAUGAUGGUAAGAUCCUGAGAAUAUGAGUUUUCUUAUUUCUGUCAUUCCAGUGUGUGGACAUCUACCCAUGAAUUUAAAUGCAUGUAAGAAUUUGGUUUAGUGUAUUUUAGUUGCCUCAAAGUGAUUUGUUUAUAUAGUAGAUUCUAAAAAAUUUUUUGAAUUUAAUAAAUAUAUCUAAGCCAAUAUUAAUCAACCCAGAAUUUAGCAUUUAUGGUUGACUGGUGUAUUGGAAGAUUUUAUACACACACACACACACACACACACACACACACAUAUGUAUGUAUAUAUAUAUAUAAUAUUAGAUAUUAUAUAUAAUUAACUUCUUGCAGAAUCAAACAACUAAUACAAAGUCAAUAUGAAAUAGGAACAUCAGUCUUUUUUAGGAAAUCAAUGCAUAUUUAUUUAAAAACAUUCUUAGCAUUUCAUGUCAACUUACCAUACGCAUUCAUUUCAGAUGAAAAUAAAAUUAAAUUUUUAUUAUAAUGUUUAUGUGAAUACUAAAGCACUCAAUUUUCUAUGCUCUAAAAGUAUAUAGUCAAUAAUAAUCAUUGGAGUGAAUUUUAUAUUAGAUAAGCUUCAUGAAUAAAUUCUUAGAAAUUAAACAUAUUUCUAUUUUAAUGUACUAAUCUGUAACACACUUCUGAUCCAGAGACUACCAAAGCUGAUUCUUCAUUCUCGCUCUUAGCCACAGUGACACUUCUUUACACUUACCUGAGGCUUCUCUCAGGGGGACCUUCCUACUUCUUCCCUAGUAGCAUUGCCGCCUGUUAUUAGCACUACGCCAAUGUAGCCUGGAUAGAAUGGUGUUAGCUAGGUGGUGUCCCACUGACACCAUAUCGAGAAUCACUACACCCUUCAGUAAAAACAAAGUUGUAGCAGAUGAAUCCGACACUUACAGAAACAUUCUCACCAUUUUCUUCAGUUGUAAUAGCAUAGAUAAGUACAAAGAGAGUUGGAGAGUCAUGUGAAGAAGUGUACCACUGUGGAACAGUCAGAGCAGAUCAGACUCUUUGAAAACAAUUGAACUGCAUCCCCAUUCUGCAUAGUAAUGCCUUGUUACACAAUUUUUGUAUCCUUAGCAACAGAUAUGGGAUGCUUAUUUCGAGAAAAAUAAGUUACUUUACAUGCCAGAAGAUUUUUGAUGACAGUGCCCCCUCCUAUUUUUCAUUUUUUAAAACAACAACCAAAUUGGUGGGGAGGCAGCCAAAAUUUGAGGUACCAAUGUUUCUCGAACAGAUGUCGCUCCAUUAUUUUUUAGCUCGUUUGGAUGAAUAAACAUGUGAAACUGUGAAGUAUUACAUUUUAGAUUUUUUCAUUAAAAAAAGAGACAAUCUGUUUACUGUCCUAAUUGAGACAACAAUCCUCGUGGUUGCCAGUUUUGGCAGUCAUAACAAUGAACUAUAAAUAUUUGGACCAAUCAAGUAAAUGGUGAGUAUAAAGGCUAUAGCAUGUGUAAAGUUCUAUUUUCACGGGCACCCAUCUUAGUAUGACUUUUUUUUUUAAAACUUCAUUAAAUAAAAUUGUUUGUGUGGAGCUAAAGUUUCAUGGUACAGCUAAAAGAAGUGGAUUUCAAGAUCUAAUUCCAUCCUAGUAUGCCAACCUCUUCAAUGUACAGCUGUCCAUCUGCUGCUAACAACUUGUGUCUGCAGUUGCUCUGCUGAAGGCGGAGGGCAGCUUAUCAGUGGCCCUUCCUGAGUAAUGUGUCUAUGAUAGCAUUGAACUCAAAUGGUAUUUUUCCUUAAUUUUCUCAGAUUUAUAAAAAGAGCGCACACAUUUUAAGUCUGAAGUUACAGCAAUUGGUCUUAUAGUUAAGCAAGGCUUUAGAGAUAGAAAAUGUUGUCUAUAAUUUUUGCUAUAAUGACUAAAAGAAAGGAAACCAUAACUCUCACUACUCCCAUGAUGCUUUACUUGAAACACCAAAGUAGGAAAAUUAGUGGACUGGACAGCUAGCUAUGGUAGUGGUGUAGUCAUUUGUGAUCCGAAGAGAGGUCUUCAAGGGAAUCUUGCUUGAGUUCUCUAUCCUGCUUCUCUGAAUGCCCACCUUCAACUCUGUUUUCUUCAGUCUUCAUUUGAAUCGUUGCUAACAUCCUUUGGGGUGUUUCUUGUGUGUUUUGUUUGACCUUCACUUAUAUAUAAAUAAUGUGUCUUUCUUAUAAGAAUGUUGCCUUUUUGUUUGAUUGGUUGGUUGAUUAUUUAAUUGACUGCAUAUUACCAAGGCACCAUUACUGCAGCUGAUAUAAUUCAAUAUUAUUUCUUAGUAUCAUCUAAUACCAAGUCAAUACUUAAAUGUUCCUAAUUGUCUCCAAGUUAUCUACUUUUAAUCAGGUCUGUAGUACUCUUGAUUACUUUUUAAAUUUCUUAGAAGCAAAUAGUUUUAUUGUUGUUGUUUUUGUUUUUGUUUUGUUUUGUUUUUUUGCCAUUGACUAACAGAUUCUAGUGAUAUCCAUUAUUCCUAAUUUUGGGGUUUGUCAUUGUUAUUCAUUUCACUAUUUCAUUUUUGAUAUUUUUAUGAAAUGUGAUGGUUACAUAUUACAUCUAAGCCAGGAGUAUUCAUAAUAGUUCAUGAGGAAUAUGGAAUAUAUCUCAUUAUCUCACUUGAUUAACUAUGAUUUAUCAAUGAGCUCAUAUGCUACCAUUGUGAUUCCUUAUGAAAUAAAGCUUUCAAAUAGUAGUUUGUCUGUAUCUCUUAGUAUGUAUUCAAAUUGUUUAUUAGAUCCCUUAUCUCAUUAGGUAGCGCAAGAUGCAGUUUUCUGUCAUUCCUUUGGUCUUUUUUUUAAGUGGAAUUAUUUAAUCAUCAUCAUCACCAUUUUUAUUAUUGUUAAGACUCUAUGUAUCUAUAUGGGAUAGAAUAUAAUACUUUGAUGCAAAUAAAUAAUUUGUAAUGAAUAAAUUGAUUUAAAAGCAGA